AUGUACCAGCACAUUCUGGCCUUGGCAUUUGCUGUAAAGGAGAUCAAUAUGAAUCCCAAACUCUUGCCAAACAUCACUCUAGGCUUCCACAUUAUCAAUGGCUAUUACAUUGCAAAGAUGACCUAUAAGGCCACCCUGAAUCUGCUUUGCACACAACAAAGGUUUGUCCCCAACUUCAUCUGUGAUUCUCAGAAAGAAUUAAUUGCUGUCAUUGGAGGAUAUGUGACUGAAGCUUCUGCCAUUAUGGCCAACAUUGCUGCCAUCUACAAGAUUCCACAGUUUCAUCACUUACUAAAGAGCAUCUUGUUCAACAACAGUGCUAGAGAUAAUGUGAGGUUUGAUGAAAAUCGAGAAUUAGUAGCAGGAUUUGAUCUUACAAAUUGGGUGACAUUCUCAAACAACUCUUUUGUUAGAGUCAAGGUUGGAAGACUGGAACCUCAGGCUCCUCCGUGUAAACAACUUACCAUUAGUGAUGAUCUAAUUGAGUGGCAUAGAAGCUUUAACCAGGUGCUGCCCCUUUCUGUGUGCAAUGACAACUGCUAUCCUGGCUACAGUCGGAAAAAGAAGGAAGGAGAAAAAUUUUGUUGUUAUGAUUGUGCUCCAUGUCCACAAGGAAUGGUAUCUGGCCAGAAGGACAUGGAUGCCUGCAUGAAAUGUCCAGCAGACCAAUAUCCCAACAAAGAUCAAAACCAAUGCAUUCCUCGAAUUCUAAGCUACCUCUCUUAUAAAGAACCUUUAGGAAUCUUGCUUACUGUGUUGGCCAUUUCCUUCUCUGUGAUCACAGCUUUAAUCCUUGGAGCCUUUUGGCAGCACCAGGACACUCCAAUUGUCAAAGCCAACAACCGAACCCUCACCUAUAUCUUCCUCUGCUCACUUCUACUUUGCUUCCUCUGUACCUUGCUGUUCAUUGGGCAGCCUGGAAAGCUGACCUGCCUUCUCCAACAAAUGGCUUUUGGUGUUGUCUUCUCAACCUCCCUUUCCUGUGUGCUGGCAAAAACCAUCACUGUGGUUCUAGCAUUCAUGGCUACAAGGCCAGGAUCUGGAAUAAAAAAAUGGGUAGGGAAAAGACUGGCAAAUUCAAUUGUCCUUUCUGGUUCAUUUAUUCAAAUAGUCAUUUGCACGGUUUGGCUGAUUUCUUCUCCUCCAUUCCCAGAUACAGACAUGACCUCUGUAAAUGGGGAAAUCAUAGUGCUAUGUAAUGAGGGUUCAGCUGCCAUGUUUUACUGUGUCUUGGGCUACACAGGCUUUCUGGCAAUUGUCAGUUUCACUGUGGCUUUCUUUGCCAGAAAGUUACCCGAUAGUUUCAAUGAAGCCAAAUUUAUCACUUUCAGCAUGCUGGUCUUUUGUACUGUUUGGUUGUCUUUUGUUCCAACUUAUCUUAGCACAAAAAGAAAAUACAUGGUGGCUGUGGAGAUCUUCUCUAUUUUGUGCUCCGGUGCUGGAUUACUGGGUUCCAUUUUCUUCCCCAAAUGCUACAUCAUUAUUCUGAGACCUGAGCUAAACAACAGGGAGCAUUUAAUAAGGAGGGGGAAAUAA